AUGGAGGCUCCAACACCAACGAGCUCCGCCAAGGCCGUGUCGCCAAGGUCCAAGAUCCCCGUCAAGUCCGCUCUCACAAAGUCCCCCCUCAAAGCCCCCCUCAAGCUCCAGCCGAGCACCCCCCGCUACACCCAAAUCGCCUACUUCAACAUGUCCGACAGCCUCAAGGCGGCAUCUUCUCGUGCCCCUUCUUCCCUCAAGAGCCUGGACAUCACGCGUCUCCCCGACGACCUCAAGCUCAUCGGCCCCGAAAACUGGGCGCCCUGGUCCAGCGCCAUGAUGGCCGUCGCCGAGCUCUCGGGCUUCGACGUGGCCGCGCUGGAGGAGAUGCCGCGGGCGGUGCACGUGAGCUGCUGGCACAACAGCGAGAAGACGCCGGAGGAGGUGCGCGAGGGCAAGAUGCUGGGCUUGCUGAUCAAGUUUAACAUUUCGGCGCAUAUGAAUGACCUGGUGAGCUUGACGAUGGAUGGGUAUGAGGUGUGGAAGGUGUUGAAGCUGUAUUGCGCCAGGGGGGGACUGGUCAUGAAGAUGGUGCCCUGA